CCCGCCGCUAGCGCUUCAUGCCCUGGCUCCAACGGCUCAACCAUCACUGCCAAUGGUAAGCAGUACCUUGUCGAGUGCGGUUCUGACUACACGGGCGGAGACAUCCCAGGUCCAAUGAGCCCAACUUACCCAGGCUCCUACGAGGGUUGUUUGGCGGACUGUUCUUCCACUUCAGGCUGUGUCGCUGUCAGCUACGUCAUGGGUGGCCCUUGCUAUUUGAAGAACGCGGUCAGCGGUGCGAGGAGCAACUCCAACAUCAUCGGUGGACGAUUGGUUAGCACUAUCUCAACUUCGGCGGCACCCACCUCUUCGGCAGCACCCACUUCGUCCUCUGCGGCUGCUACGUCGUCUGUUGCUACCUCCUCUCGCAUUAUCUCAUCCUCUUCAGUGGCGGCCACAAGUGCUGUCACUUGCCCGGGUUCCAAUGGUUCAACUUUGGUGACUUCAUGUGGCGCACAAUACGCCGUCGAGUGCAGCUCCGAUCGUUACGGCAAUGACCUUCCGAACGGCCUCGUCUACACUGACACAUACGAGCAAUGUCUGCAGGCCUGCGACAGCACCACUGGGUGCGUUAAUGUUUCCUGGCUCAUAGGUAACCCAGGUGCUUGCUACAUGAAGGGCAGCAUUGGCGCCAUUCGGAACAACUCAAACAUUAUCGGAAGUCGCAAGCUCUCUGGAUGUGUCACUCUCAAGCUUCACCGCAAGCGCGUUGCGGUUGCUGCCCCCAAGCAGAAGCUCGCGAAGCGUGCUGGUUUCUACGGCCCUGACUUCACAUUUACUCAGGAUCGCGUCGUUGCGACUGCAACCGGAACUGUCAGGACCACCGUCACUACCACCUCCACACCUAUCUCUGGUACUGCCACUCAGACUGCUUUCACCGUUGCCUCUGCCACCGUGACCACCACCACAAGCGUACCUACCACCGUUUACAACAUUAUCACCGUCACUACAUGCCCGACUGCCUCUCCUACCGUCUAA